UCCACUCUCACACUCUGGAGCAUAUCAGAACUGUCGAGAGGUGGGAAAACGGCGCUUUACUUCUCCUUUCGUUAACAGGCAGGCAAGAGGCGACAAGGACGCGCAUCAGGCGGCCCCGAUGGAGAAGUCCAAAAACUUUCGAAUUGACGCGCUGUUAGCAGUUGAUACCCCCAAAGUGCAGACCUCUCCGCUGGCGCUGGUCACCUCCCUGUCCUCCUCCUCCAUCAUCCCGUCCCGCGUUGGAUCCUCGGAGUUGAGCACCAGCGCGGAGUCUUUACGCACAGAGACCCCCUCUCCUCCGAGGAUUUCCACCUGCGGUUUGAUUCCUAAACCGGGGUUUCUCAACAGUCCACACAGCAUGGUUGGAUUACACCCGCAGACCACCGCAGGAAUCCCCGCACAGGCUCUGUACGGUCAUCCCAUGUACACUUACUCCGCGGCUGCGCUCGCAGGCCAACACCCUGCCUUGUCCUACUCCUCCUACCCGCACGGCUCCCAUCAUCACCACAACGAUCCCAUCAAACUGACAGCCAGCACCUUCCAGCUGGACCACUGGCUGCGGGUCUCCACGGCCGGGAUGAUGCUGCCCAAAAUGUCAGACUUUAAUUCUCAGGCGCAGUCCAACUUGCUGGGCAAAUGCAGAAGACCAAGAACUGCAUUCACGAGUCAGCAGCUGCUGGAGUUGGAGCAUCAGUUCAAACUGAACAAGUACCUGUCCCGACCCAAGCGUUUUGAAGUGGCCACGUCCCUCAUGCUCACAGAAACUCAGGUGAAAAUCUGGUUCCAGAACAGACGCAUGAAGUGGAAGAGGAGUAAGAAGGCCAAAGAGCAGGCGGCCCAGGAGGCCGAGAACAAGAAGGGCAGCAAGAGCAGCCAGGAGAAAUCCGAGGGCCUCGAACAGUCGGACUAUAAAAGCAAGACAGACUCAAAAAACGGCAGAAUAAGAGACUUCAGAGACAGUGACGACGACGACGAGGGGGAUCACUUCCUGUACAACUCGUCGGACUGCUCAUCGGACGACGAAAGGAACCACGGCAGCGACAUCAGCCCGCAGCCCUGAAGACGGAGAGGGCCGGAGGUGACGAGCUCCGUUUAUAAAGA